AUGACGAUCGAGAACCAGUACGUCCUGGUCACAGGCGCAAACAGCGGUCUAGGCCUAGGUAUCUGCUGCCGUCUCAUUGACGAAUUCCUCGCACCCCCAAACUCCGGUAGUGGUUCUCUCACCAUCAUCUUCACGACGAGAAGCAAACAAAAGGGCUCUGAGACUCUGUCGGUGCUCGAGAAACACUUGUCCAGACGUGCAAGUACCAAAUCCGACCGCCAGAUUUACUUCCAGCCCGAAAACGUCGAAUUGACAAGCCUUCUCUCUAUCCGCUCUCUCUGUCGAAAGCUCUUAGCCUCAGACCUUCCUCAUCUCAAUGCGAUCGUGCUAAAUGCUGGUAUUGGAGGCUGGUCCGGCCUGAACUGGCCGCUGACCAUGUACACGGUCUUGACAAGCAUAAGACAAAGUACAACAUGGCCGACAUUCAAACUGGGCCUGGUGGGACUGAUAGCACAACGACAACUGCCACAACAGACUCCUGCUGACGAAGAGCCCAUACUCGGAGAGGUAUUCUGCGCAAACACAUUCGGGCACUACAUGCUGGUCCAUUGGCUUAUGCCCCUCUUCCGGGCAUGUUCCCCCGAAUCGCCAGGCAAACUCAUCUGGUCGUCCUCAAUUGAGUGUAGUGCGCAUCACUACAACCCCGACGACCACCAAGGGUUAAGAUCCGAUGCGGCUUACGAACACUCGAAGCGUUUGACAGAUAUUCUGGCACUGACUGCUGACAAUCAGCCUGCAACGACCAGCCAAGUGAAGAGCUUCACCACGCCACCUCCUUCGAUGAACAUAGGAGUCCAACGGCCCAGCCAGUCUGAGCCAGUCUUCCAUCUCUUCCACCCAGGGGUCUGCACGACGACAAUCAUCAGCCUUUAUUGGAUUAUCCACGAAUGCUACCGAUUAAGCAUCUACCUUGCGCGGUGGUGUGGAUCCCCAUGGGCCAAUGUGAACCCAUACCUGGGCGCAGCAUCAGCCACAUGGCUAGCUCUCGCAUCCCCUGCCGAGAUCAAAGUCAAAGAAGUAGAAGCCACAGGCGAGCUGGGCGGACCCUGCAAAUGGGGCUCGUCAUGCAACCGACUGGGCAAGUCCUCGAUCCGAGUGACGGACGUUGAAGGUUGGGGUCUCAAUGGCACCGGCAAGCCUUUCCAGGAGAAAUGGUGGGGCGGCCAAGUGGGACGGAAGAGAGGUGCCACGGACGCGACCAACAGAGAUGUCGAGAAUUUCAUCGUCGAGGGCGCAGAGGUGUGGAAGAAAAUGGAGAUCUUGAGAAAGGAUUGGGAGUCUCGGAUCGAAAAGUACGAGGCUGAACACGGGGCAGCAUAG